CGGUGCCGGGAGGUCCUGGAGCUCGGCGGCUCGGCUGCACCUACCUGAGACCUGCCCAACAUACGUCCCAAUUACUGGUGGGACUGUGGGCGUGUCCCGGCCUCCGCUCCUCAGCCCUCGACACCGAAAGGAUUGUUGACUGAAGCUACUUGGAUGAAUUUGGCCAUCUUCUAGGAGACUUGAAUGUUAAAUUUCUAUAUACAAAUAAGCCAGUUCUCUCUUGUUUGGAGCAAUGCUGAAAUUCCAAGAGGCUGCUAAGUGUGCGAAUGGAUCAAUAGCCAUUUCUACUUAUCCAAAGACCUUGAUUGCAAGAAGAUAUGUGCUUCAACAAAAACUUGGUAGUGGAAGUUUUGGAACUGUCUAUCUGGUUUCAGACAAGAAAGCAAAACAAGGAGAGGAAUUAAAGGUACUGAAGGAAAUCUCUGUUGGAGAUCUUAAUCCAAAUGAGACUGUGCAGGCCAAUUUGGAGGCCCAGCUCCUUUCCAAGCUGGACCACCCGGCUAUUGUCAAGUUCCAUGCAAGCUUUGUGGAGCAAGAUAAUUUCUGCAUUAUCACAGAGUACUGUGAGGGCCGGGAUCUGGACUGUAAAAUUCAGGAAUAUAAAGAAGCUGGCAAAAGCUUUCUGGAAGGUCAAAUAAUAGAAUGGUUUAUCCAGCUGUUGCUAGGAGUUGACUACAUGCAUGAAAGGAGGAUACUUCAUCGAGACUUGAAAUCAAAGAAUAUAUUUCUGAAAAACAAUCUGCUUAAAAUUGGGGAUUUUGGAGUUUCUCGACUCCUAAUGGGAUCCUGUGAUCUAGCCACCACUUUAACUGGAACUCCCCAUUACAUGAGUCCGGAGGCUUUGAAACACCAAGGCUACAACACAAAGUCAGACAUCUGGUCUCUGGCAUGCAUUUUAUAUGAGAUGUGCUGCAUGAAUCAUGCAUUCACUGGCUCCAAUUUCUUGUCCAUUGUUUUAAAAAUUGUUGAAGGUGACACACCUUCUCUCCCCAAGAGAUAUCCAAGAGAACUGAAUGCCAUCAUGGAACGCAUGUUGAACAAGAGUCCUUCACUGAGACCUUCUGCAAUGGAAAUUUUAAAAAUCCCUUACAUUGAUGAACAACUACAGCACCUGUUGUGUAGAUACUCAGAAAUGACUCUGAAAGACAAGAAUUUGAAUUGUCAGAAGGAGGCUGCUCAGAUAAUUAAUGCCAUGCAAAAAAAGAUCCACCUGCAGACUCUGCGGGCGCUGUCUGAAGUGCAGAAAAUGACACCAAGAGAAAGGAUGCGGCUGAGGAAGCUCCAGGCAGCUGAUGAGAAAGGCCAGAAGCUGAAGAAGCUUGCAGAAGAAAAGUAUGAAGAAAAUAACAAAAGAAUGCAAGAGUUGAGAUCUCGGAACUCUGAGCAGCUAACUGUUGAUAUACUCCAUGAAUUUGAUGACCUGACUUCAGAGAACCUGCCUGAGUCUCAGCCCAUUCCUUCUUUGGACCUUGACCCACUUGAGUCAAGUAUAGAAGAUCAUGGUAUGACUGACCUUGGAGAUCAUGAGAUCCCAGAAGACCCGCUUGUGGCUGAAAAGUAUUAUGCUGAUGCCUUUGAUUCCUGUUCUGAAGACAGUGAGGAGGAGGAAGAAGAAAUAGUGUUCUCAGCCCCAGGGGAAGAGGUCAAGGAUGAGGGAUCCCGGCCUUCUUACAGAACAUUCCAACAGGACAGUGAUAUUGAAGCACUGGUCGGGUGUUUGGAAAAUGUCCUGGGUUGCACCUCUCUAGACACAAGGACCGUCACCAGUGCAGCUCCAGACAUGUCCCCGGGACCAACAGUGUUCACCAGCACAGUGGCCAGGAGCAAGAUGAAACACAUGAGGGAGUCAGCCGUGCAGAAGCUGGGAGCAGAAGUAUUUGAGAAGGUCUACAACUACCUCAAGAGAGCAAGGCGCCGGAAGGCCAGUGAAGCUGAGAUCCGGGCAGCUCUAGAAAAAGUGGUGCCUCGUGCCGGUGACUGUUUUGAAGUAGACCAGCUCCUGUACUUUGAGGAACAGUUGCUGAUCACAGUGGGUAAAGGGCCCACACUCCAGAACCCUCACCAACAAUUGUAAAAACAAGCAAGUCCAAGGGGACAAACCCAUUCAACACAUAAGCUGGACUUUAUUAUGGGAAAUGGGUACAAUGCCAGGGCUACCAUCUUUAUUAUCAGUUCCUUGUCAAGAGGAGUGAGUCCUUUAGAGAGUAGUAAACCUGUCUGCCUCUACUCUGAGUCGUGGGCCAGUCAGUGUUUGUUCUAUACUCUGAGGAAAGCUUGUGGACCAAGUGUGGCUUCCUGAAAAGCAUUCCCGCAAG